AUGAUAAUCAGCUCAAUAUGCCCUUCUGAGGAAUGUGUGAAAACGCAACCCAAAUGCCCCCUUUCCCACACUUUCCGAGAGCACCCCCCCAAUGGAACAUGGCCAGCAUACAAAUGGGGGGGGGGGGGGGCAGGGGUACACCGAGCCAGGGGCAGGGUGGCCGAGGUACCGAGGAGGAAAGGGGGCAACCUGGACGUCACCCAAGAUCAGGGGGAGCGGGAGGGGAAGAGGUGCCCCGCGGUCCAGAGGUUAACUGCGGGUAGUGAUUACAGGCGAUGGGGCAGCGGCUGGGCAGAGCUGGAGGUGGUGCGGAGCCAAAAUGGAGAGUGUUUCAAAGCAAAAGAGAAGAAGGGAGGCUGA